GAGCCAUGACAGGGCGAACGCUGCACACAUGGCUUUAAAACUCUGCAGAAAUCCAGGUUUUAUCUGUGGGAAUAUGUAGCUGUUGAACGUUUGGAAUAUGGCUCAGAUCUCAGCGGUAAAAACCCCGCUGAGGAGAUCCUUCAGCGAGCACGUGAAAGACUCCACCAACAAGGCUUGGGAUGUCUUCUGGAGGAGCGUGAGGGAGCGGCGGCUGUGGGAGAUUGAAGCCAAGGAGGCCUGUGAUUGGCUGCGAGCGGCUGGCUUCCCUCAGUAUGUGCAAUUAUUCAAAGACUGCAGGUUCCCCGUCGACAUCGAGUGGGUGAAGCGUGAUCACCACUUCCUGGACAAAGACGCUCUCGAAUCACUCUGCAGGAGAUUAAGCACUUUAAACAAAAGCGUGGAAAUGAGGCUGGAGCUGCGCAGAUCAAAACGCAGGGGAGACGACUGUGACGCGGAAGACUUCUGUGCCAUCAGCCCCAACUGGACCUAUGACAGACGGGCGCAUCGAUGGCGACGCCGCUCAGACAUCCUCCACUUGUCUGAUAACCCCUCUGGACCCCAGGAUGUGUCUCUGUGUGACUGCCAUGAUGUCUGCUCCAUCCACAGCUCCAGCAGCACCGAGAGCGAAGGCCACAGCGGGCGCCACAACGGUCAGAAAGACACUGCCAACACUUCCUUGACUGCCACCGCCAGCACUACGGACGACCAGGAAACCAGCAGGAGCUCUUCCCGCUGCUCCUCCAGGAAUAAGACCUCAUCUCUGGACACCUCGUUCAGCGGGCCCCCCUCUCCUGGUGGACCAGUCGCUACGUUUCUGGAGGCUGAAGGCGUCUUCCGAGACAAACCGCCCAGGAAGAAGGGAAGCAGUUUGCUGAAGAAGAUGGAGAAGCUGAGGCUGAGAGGGACGACUGGCCUCCUUCACACUGCUCACAGCAGCGGCAGUCACAGCAGGGGGCCGACCAGGCACGUUAUCAGCGAGCCAAUUCUGGUCCAGGAGGAGGACAGGAUGGAGAGGCUGCACUGCCCAUCAAGCAGCCGAGCAUCUUCCUCCUCACCCUCGUCUCCUCACACCCUUAGCAGCAGCAGUAGUAACAGCCAAUCAGGGAGCAGCAGCACCGUCAGCACGCCUAGCCCCGUCACCCGGGUCAGGAGUAACUGUAAACGCUCCAACAGCGACGUUGGGGAUCAGACUCGGAACAACCAGAUCUACACAGGAACAGAGGACUACAGAAACCAGAUCAACAACAACAACAACGUCAGCCACGAGAGUCUGGUCUUCCAAAUCCCCCAUGGACACAAACCGGGGACGUUCCCCACCUCUCUGGCCCAUAAACACGCCCUCCUAUCCCCCAUCAUCGACUCCUCCAUCAACUGGAGGACUGGGAGCUUCCACGGUUAUCGAGGGCGGCGCAGCAGCCGGCGUGGCCCUUCAUCUCUGGCCACUGAUGACCCGCACCCCUCGUCUCCUCCUUGUAACACUGGAGUCCCCAGCCCACUCGCAUCCCUGGACCACCGGCUGAGUAUCUACGACAACGUGCCUGACGACCAGCAGCUGUCAGGGAGUGAUGGCAGCAGCGGGGGGAGUGGCAGCGACGCAGAACGGACGGGAGAGGAGUCAGAGGUGAGUCACCUGUUGGCAGGUGAGGACGUUUUCUCCGCUCUGGACAGCGUUCUGGAGAGAAUCAGCGACCUCCAGCAGCUCGUCUCCACCUGGUCUGAAAACCUGUCAGAGGACGAGUGUCAGCGAGGUUCCUCCUCCUCUUCCUCAUCUACCUCCUCCUCUUCGUCUCCACCUUCCUCCUCCCAGGACACACCUGCUCAUGGCUCCUCGGCUGCCUCCCCCUGCCCCUCCUCCCCGAGCCACAUCCACUUAGAGGUGCAGCGUCCUGACGAGGAGGAGGAGGAGGAGGAGGAGCCGGGGAAUGGCGAGGAGCAGAAGACGGGAUCAGUUCAACCCAGGAGCAGCAGAGUGAGCCAGCAGCUGCACUGGUGCAGCGAGCAGAGCCUGCCCUCUCUGCCCACCAGUCCAGGAGUGGAGAACCAGUCCGUGUCCCAGUUCAUCCUGCUGCAGAAACUGUCCCUGCUCAAACUCACCGCUCUGAUGGACAAAUACUCCCCGUCCAGCAAGCAGGGCUGGAACUGGACCGUUCCCAAACCUCUGAGGAAGACUAAGGUGGUGGAGAUGAAGGGUCGGCGGGUGUUUGGGGUACCUUUACUCCUCAGCGUCCAGCAGACGGGAGAGCCGCUUCCUCCCAGCAUCCUCCGAGCGCUCGUCCACCUGAGGAACGAGUGUUUGGACCAGGUGGGUCUUUUCCGUAAGUCAGGGGUGAAAUCUCGUAUCCAGUACCUCCGUGAUCUAGUGGAGUCCGACCCUGACGGUGUCUCCUAUGACGGUCAGUCUGCGUACGACGUGGCCGACAUGGUGAAGCAGUACUUCAGAGAUCUGCCUGAGCCAAUCUUCACCAGCAAACUUUGCGAGUCCUUCCUCCAUAUUUACCAAUACUUUCCAAAGGAUCAGCAGCUGGUUGCAGCUCAGGCGGCCAUCUUGCUGCUCCCUGAUGAGAACAGAGAGGCUCUGAGAACGCUGCUGUCCUUCCUGCGUGACGUGGUGGCCUCUGUGGACGAGAACCAGAUGACUCCCACCAACCUGGCUGUUUGUCUGGCACCGUCACUUUUCCAUCUGAACAACCUGAAGAGAGACGUCAACGCAACCAGGUCGACUCACAGGAAGUACAGCCUCGGCCGCCCAGACCAGAGGGACCUGAGUGAGAACCUGGCCGCUACACAGGGCCUGGCAAACAUGAUCACUGAGGCUCAGAGGCUCUUCCAGCUUCCAGACUUUUGGCCCGGUCAGUCUUUGAGUGCUGCAGGAUCUCCUGAGGACUCUCUAUCUAUGGAGGGAGGAGGUGGGGAGGAGAAGGAGGAGAGGAGGGGGAAGCUUCAGCAGAGCACCGAGCAGCUCCUGAAGGAGGCCAGAGAGAAGAGCCGAGACUGGGAGAGCCAUCCAGCUCCAGAGAGCGUGGAGCUGGCCUUUAAAAAGAUGGAUGAUGGCUGCCCUCUUUGGAUGUGGCGUGGCGUGCUGGAGGUUGACGCCCCCCAGAAGGAGCUGCUCCACCGGCUGCUGAGGGAGCAGGAGCUGUGGGACAAAAACCUGAGCCAGGCUGCCGUCAUUCAGACUUUAUCCAAGGACGCCGAGGUCUACCGCUACGUCCUCAAGAAUAGGGGCCACAGCCUGGGCUCUCAACCCCCACAGGAGCACCUGCUGCUCAGGACCUGGCAGGCAGACCCGUACUCAGGUCCGCUGUACCUCGCCUCUGUGUCCACAGAGCAUCCUGAGGUUCCUUUGGAGGGGGUUAGAGCCCACGUUCACUCCUGUCUCUACCUGCUGGAGCCCACGGGAGCCAGAAAGACCCGGCUGACACACCUGUGCCGGACAGACACCAGGGGCCGGUCGCUGGAGUGGCACAGCAGAGUGAGCGGACACCUUCUGGCAUCUGGUCUCCUCUCGAUCAGGGACUCGUUCAAACCGGAGCACAAAGAGACAAAAAUAUGAGGAGCUGCCUAAUGUGGACCUUAAACUUGUUGAAAAAAAAACGAGACUGCAGCAUCGUUUCCAGUAACUUUCUUGGAGUUUUUAAAGUGAAACUCGAGCACAGCGAGGACUGAAGGUGACCCGCGAUGGCUUCCCCCCCAAACCAUUUGUCUCUCUUUGGCUUCCUCCUUUUGUGUGUUCACUCUUUUGUCAGUGACCUUGCAGUUUGCCAGCAGCACCUCUGCGCUCCCCACUGCGCCCGAUACGCUUCAUACGCAAAUAAAUGCAAACCAUGGCAAGCGGCGACAGAGGACGUUUUGAUGGGGAGGAUGAAAAGCCGAGGCCUGAGUUGACUUCUGGCGUAGGGAAGAGGCGGAGAUGGAGCAAGUGGACAGUUAUGAAACUUUUAUGAUAAAACUACAUAACUGCUCCCCCAUUUUUGUCAUAUGAGGACAGAGGGAAUCACACACUCUACGCUGCAUAGUCAUCAUAUCUGUGUUAUUCUUUCCCACGUUAAGAGAAAUCUGCAUGGAAACAUAUGGCAGCUGCAGGAAACGAGGAGAGAGAACAUCAGGAAACAGACUUUAAGCCAGUGGACUUUUGGCUGCAGAGGAAAGGAAAGAGGAGAGAGUGGAAGCUGGAAAGAGAAGAAGGCGUAGCAUCUGAUGUAAAGGAACUAAACAAGGUCACAAUAAAGGAUAAAGUAGA